AGAUCUUGAAAUUUAGUAGCUGGAACAGUGGAAUCGUAGGAGGAGUCAGAACACACGACUAUAGCUGAUUGGUUGGAGAGAGCUGUCCCCUGCCUGAGGCAGUCGCUGCUGUGAUUGGUGACGGAUGGGAGAUGGAGGAUUCUGGCCAAGAGGCAGCAACACCUUUGCCAAAAGAGAAAAAGGAAGUUGCAGAAAAAAUGAAUGGAAAGAAAAGUUUGGAGGAAAACCAAUUAAGGGUUGAGCUAGAGAACUGCACUAGUUUACCUUCUGCAGAUACCAAUGUCUUAUUGGACACGGAUGAUUGCCAAGAAAAAGAAGUGUGUUCAAGGUGUGGGAAAACGCUUCGAGAUGAAUCUGGAUUAUGUGACUGUUGUAAAAGCCCUGCUGGAGAGAAACAAGAUGAAAGCAGGCAACGCUCCAGAAGGACCCUUCCUCCUCCUUUACAUGAAAGAAGACAAGAAGGAGGGGAAAUGUACAAAUGUACAGAGUGUGCAGAAAGCUUCAGUACAAGCCGCUCCCUUGCAUUGCAUAAAAAUAUUCACAAAGCAGAGAAUCCACACAAAUAUCUGGAUUGUGGAAGGACCUUCAGGCAGAAAAGUCACCUUAAUUCACAUAAGAAGGUCCACGAAGAGAGGAAGCAGCAUCAAUACAUUAGUUGGGGAAACAGCUUCGGAAGCAGCGCCUCCCGUACUUCCCAUCAAAGCCUCCACAGAGAGGAGAAGUUGCAUCAACGCAGGGAGGGUAGAAUGAGAUUUCCUGGAAGCAAGGAACCGAAUUCCCGGAAAAAAAGCCCCACUGGAAAGAAAUCAUGUAAAUGCCUGGAAUGUGGGAAGAGCUUCCGCUCUCCAAGUAAGCUCACUUACCAUAAUAGGAUCCAUACAGGGGAAAAGCCAUAUCAUUGCACGGUGUGUGGAAAGAGCUUCAGGACCUCCGGUGCCCUUAUUUACCAUAAAAGAAUUCACACAGGAGAGAAACCCUAUGAAUGCUUGGAGUGUGGAAAAAGCUUCAGCACAAGUGGUGCUUUAACCUUACAUAAUCGGAUGCAUACAGGGGAGAAACCUUAUAAAUGCCUGCACUGUGGAAAGAGCUUCAGUCAAAAAGUUCAUCUUAAGUCACACGAGAUGAUCCACACGGGGGAAAAACCAUUUCAAUGCACGGAGUGUGGAAAGAGCUUCCGUUUCUCAGCAAACUUUAAUGUCCAUCACAGAAUCCACACAGGGGAGAAGCCCUUUCAAUGCCUGCAGUGUGGAAAGCGUUUUGCCAAUUAUGGUGCCUUUUAUGCCCACAAAAGGCUCCACACAGGGGAGAAACCAUACGAAUGCCGCGUGUGUGGGAAGAGAUUCAAUCAAAAAAACCAGUAUAUUGUACACAGCAGAACCCACACCGGGGAGAAACCAUAUACAUGUCAUGAGUGCGGAAAAAGCUUUAGACAUAAUAAUUCACUCAGGGGCCAUAGAAGGCUUCACUCAGGGGAGAAACCCUAUAAAUGCCCGGAGUGUGGAAAAUGUUUUAGUAUGAGUGGCCACCUUACCUCCCACAAUAGGCUCCACACAGGAGAGAAGCCAUUUAAAUGCAUCGUGUGUGGAAAGAGUUUUCGAGAAGGGAAGAAUCUUACACUCCAUAAAAGAAUCCACACAGGGGAGAAACCCUAUAAAUGCCUGGAGUGUGGAAAAUGUUAUAAUCAGAGUGGCAGUCUUACCUCCCACAUGAGGAUCCACACUGGAGAGAAGCCAUUUAAAUGCAUCGUGUGUGGAAAGAGUUUUCGAGAAGGGAAGAAGCUUACACUCCAUAAAAGAAUCCACACAGGGGAGAAACCCUAUAAAUGCCUGGAGUGUGGAAAAUGUUAUAAUCAGAGUGGCAAUCUUUCCUCCCACAUGAGGAUCCACACAGGGGAGAAGCCGUAUCAGUGUGUGGAGUGUGGAAAGAAAUUCAGAACCAGUAGUAACCUUACUCAACAUAAAAAAACGCACAGCAGGAAAAGAUGACCUGAUGUCGUGUCCCACUCCUCCGCUGACGGCCGGGUCGCGGAAGUCCGUAUCAAGCGUGCCUCUGCAGCUCUGCCAAAGUCCUAUCAGAGUUCUCAAGGCAGGCAGGAGACCAGGAAGUGACUUCAGCAAUCCAAGUUAGACUUUGUCUGACUCAGAGAAUGCCAGAAAGCAGAUCCUUUAUAUAGGCCAUGGGGUGUGGCUCCAUGACUCAGCACUUAUCCAGGCCUGCCCCUCCCUUCCUUUUGGUGAUGUCGCCUCUCCAUUCUCCGGAAGCGUGGGUCUAUCCAUUGCAUCGUUUCGUCUCCAGCUGUUGGUAAUCCCAGCUCGUGGCUGGCUUCUGGCGCACAUGCUAUCGGAGGGAGGUUUGUUUGUUCGGCCUGUCCGGGCAUGGUGCCAGGACUGGGGGCUGGAGGCAUGCCAGGACAUUCUUCAGCACUAUCAGCGUCUGGCAGGAGAUAAGAGGGGCCCGGCUGCGGCAGGGGGAGCGAGCGAGACACAACACCUGAAUUGGUUUGUGUUGAUUCUCAACAUUUGCUUAACGCCCCUAGAAGUGUUCCAGGAGAAUCUGUAGAAACUCUUGGAGUAUUGGAAGGGCUUCCGAAGAAGCAGAAGCUUUUUGAUCCUUUAAAAAGGAGAAUUGGCUUGUAUAACUAGGAACUAACUUUUGGACAAUAGAUCUUUGUGCUAGAGUCAAAUUGAAUAGAAAUAAUAAUAGAGCGAGAUGGGAUGGGAUGGAACAGAAAUAGAAAUAGAAUAGAAACAGAAAUAGAAUAGAAAUGGAAUAGAAACACGGUAUGUAAAACUAAUCCUCCAGAAAGCAAGACUUUUUGGCAAACAAAGCAUGUCUUGCUUCAAACUCUUCCCCUCCUCCAGCUACCCUUUCUCUCUUGAUCAGCUUUGGUGACUUACUUGUGCAGGCAAGCCCUUACACCAACAUGCACUCAUAACUCCUUCUCUCCUCCUCUCUCAUACAAUCAGACACACAAAGUGUUAGGUUUGAGUUUUCUGAGCUCAAAUUAUGACUCCCGUACUAUAAAUUAUAAUUCCCACAAUAUAGAUUUAUGGAAGGUGUUAACACUUGUCCUUUGCAGAUGCAGACCACUGCACCAGAUGUCCAGAAGAUCAACAUCAGAACAAGAACCGAGACCAAUGUAUCCCCAAAAUCAUCACCACUUUGUUAUAUCAGGAGAAUUUGGGGGUCAUCCUUACCUCCUUUGCCCUCUUUCUAAUCUUAACCUCCAGUUUUGUUUUGGGAAUCUUCAGUAAAUACCGAGAAACUCCCAUCGUCAAGGGCAACCACCAGGAUCUCUCCUAUGUUCUCCUGGUCUCCCUACUGCUUUCUUUCUGCACUUCCUUCCUUUUUAUUGGUCGGCCAAGGAGGGCCACUUGCCUUCAUUGACAAACAGCCUUCAGUAUCACCUUCUCAGUUGCUAUCUCUUCUGUCUUGGCGAAAACAAUCAUGGUGGUGGUGGCCUUCCUAGUCACAAAGCUAUCUGGUUAGGAGUCUUUGCCCCCUUCCCUGGUUCUGACAUGCAUUCCCAGUCCAGGGAGAUCAUUCUGCGGUGCAAUGAAGACUCCACUGUUAUGUUUUACAUUGUUCUCAUCUACAUGGGCUUCCUGGCCACCAUCUGUUUCAUGGUGGCUUUCCUAGCUAGGAACCUCCCAGGGGCCUUCAACAAAGCCAAGUUGAUCAGUUUCAGCAUGCUGGUCAUCUGCAGCAAGGAAUCCCUUACCCAAAAGCUGAACAAUUACUAUAGUAUGACUUUAUUAGGCCUUGGUAAGAUCACACUUGGAAUAAUGCAUCCAGUUUGAGUUGGCAUGAUAUAAAUAAGAUGUUGAGACCAGGAGUGGGUUGCUACUGGUUCACCCUGGUUUGGACGAAAUAUUAGCGGCGACAGUGGGAGGCUCUGCCCACCCAGCAAGAUAUCAUCAAAAAUUUCUGUGCAUGUGCAGAACCUUCUGUGCAUGCGCAGAAGCACCACACACUCGGUAAAGUGAGCACACACAACUCCUCGCUCCCAAUAGGGAACCGGUAGCACCAGGAUUUGAAUCCCACUACUGGUUGAGAAUCUAGAAAAGGUGCAGAGAAGAGCAACAAAUAUGAUUAGGGGACUGGAGGCUAAAACAUACAAAGAACUGUUUCAGGGAUUCGGUAUGUCUACUUAAGUGUAAAGAAGAACGAGGGGAUGACAUGAUAGCAGCAUUCCAAUAUUUAAGGGGCUGUCACAAAGAAGAGGGACUCAAGCUAUUCUCCAAAGCACCUGAAGGCAGGACAAGAAGCAACGGAUGGAAACUAAUCAAGGAGAGAAGCAACUUAGAACUAAGGAGAAAUUUCCUGAUUGGGAGAACAAUUGAUCGGUGGAACAGCUUGCCUCCAGAAGCUGUCAACAAAAAAUCCCCUGUGAAGUCCCACUUUAGCCACGAAAGCAAGGUGGGCGACCGUGGGCCAGUCACUCUCUCUCAGCCCAAGUCACCUCACUGGGUGGUUGCUGUGAUGAAAACAGGAGGAAAGUGUUAGGUUCUGGAAGUAACGAGGCUGGAGACCAGGGUAGUGACAACAGCUCUUUAAUAUAGGGUGAACCCAGCAACAGGCUGGGGGAAAAACCUCUCCUUUUAUACAGUUCUACUGGUGGCUUCGUCCAAUCAGCAACGUGCUG